AUGAUACAAUUUGAUAACGAUAACCCACAUUCUUCGUCAUUAGCUUUUUGUUGUGUUUGUAACGAAGAACCAGUAUAUUUAGACCCGGAAACCGGCGCACCAAGUGAAUUUUGUUCACCACAUUGUUAUAAGGACGCCGUUCCGAAAAAUAUAUUACCAGCUUGUGAAUUUUGCGGAAAAUUACCGAAAGCUUUAUUCAAAAAUGGGAAACGUGCCGCCAUAUGUAGUAAAAUGUGUCAAGAAAAAUUCCAAAAAGGCUUCGCUGUAACAGUGCCGAAUAUAACGAUAAAUGCACAAAACUUUGAAAUGCCGAAUUUUUUAAAUUCUUCACUAACUUUACAUCCGGAAUCCGCAAAAGUAAAUUUAAGUCGUCGUUCGUCGAACAGUUCACUUAUGAGUUUGAUGGCAAAUGCUGCAAUUACUGUUGGAGAUUUAACAUUACCAACGAGUGCAAGCAAUGCGUUUCGAGACCUCUUACACGUUGAAGAAGCAGACACACCCGAAAACGCGAACAGCACCAAUAACUUGGAUAGACCAUUAUCUAACGAACAAGAAGUUUCUGAACUGCCCGAUUUCGAUGAGUCUUUUUACAAGGACCCGAUCCGAGAAUCGAUGCAAGAUUUUUCUUUUGCAUCUGAGGAAGAAUCAAACCACUACGAAUCUCUCGAUUGUAUUAACGAUCCACUUCAUCCAGAAAUCGAAAUUUUUUGUGCAAAUAUUUUGACGGAAACAGAAUUUUCUGAUACGGAAUUUGAGGGCGGCGAAACCGAUGAAUUUGUUGAUGCCGAAUUCGACAACAAACGAUUCGAUAUGUGA